GUUCUUUUAUUUACUAUUGCAUCCAUUUAGUUGGUUUGUGUAAUGGUUUUGAUGGCAAUUGUUGGCACUAUGUAAAAUUUGCUUCAAAAUUUUAUUCUUCAGUUAGAUUUUUGAUCAACUGGGCUCAGUCACUCCAUACUUCUUUUAUUGUAGAUGCAUAAAUGAGUGUAUAAAUGAUUGUUAGCGAUUAACUUGAAUUGCCUUAACUAACAACAGUCAAUGUUCAGUUCCAGGAAUUUUACAUGAUUGAAUUUCUUUAUAAAUAGUAAGUUGAAAUAUUUAUUUACUAUCUUCAUGUUAAUGAUUUAGUCUGGCAUUUGAAUUUAGUUUAUCCUUCAAAUUAAGAAAUGAAGGAAGGGCAGAAUGGUGUGAAUUGGAUGUUGUAUGGAGUGGACUUUCGCUAUUAUUAUGCAUUCUAUAGGCAGAUGCUAAUGAAAUUAGUAGUUCAUUUUCCACUUAGUGUGUUAGGUGAAUUUGUUCAUCGUACUGCAAUUAAAAUUACCUAUAUGCUUGUACUCUGUCAUAGUAUUCUGUAUAUGAAAGGAUGUAGAUAAUUCGGUACCACACACAAAAUAAAAAAGGCAGUUAAAUCCAGCAUUGACAAGGCACUUCAAUCGGUCCAAUUCACUGUCCAUGAAGAUGGCAGCUCCUCAUGUUACGUGGUUGUCAGCAAUACUUCAGAAUACGUGACUCAGAAACAGCAUCCAUCCCUUGUUGAGUUCCAGUGGGGGUUUGAGGAUAUGUUUGAGAGAGAAAAACAUCUUUUUUGAAACAUAAACCCCCAUUCUCAACAUUUUCUUUGGCGCAGGAUUUUCUUGGGAUAUCCAUACUCCCGGCUAAUGGAUGCACUCUUCAGAAUUCCAUUUCCUGCCUGUGACGAGCUUCCUCUUCUUGUUCUCAGGAAGAGUCACUCUCAUCUGCAAUGGCACAACCAUACCACAUUUUUCUCAUUGCCUUUUCAUUCCUCAUGACUUUUGCCCAGCCUUCAAUUUCAGACAUGUUUCAACGUAGAAACAUUGCCGACCUCACAGCAGAGGCAUCAGAAUAGAUGGAGAAGGCUCUCUAUAUUCAUUGACCUACCAUGAGACAUCCACUUUUGGAAUCUUGUUCCUUGACAUCACUUAGUUCAUCACACAAGGGUUUGCUUUUAUUUAUAUGGAAGAUGAGAGAGAUGCAGAAGAUGCCAUUCGAGGGCUUGAUCGGACUGAGUUUGGACGCAAGGGUCGCAGACUUCGUGUUGAAUGGACAAAGCAUGAACGUGGUAUUAGAAGACCAGGCGGCGGUUCAAGAAGACCUUCUUCAAAUACAAGACCAUCAAAGACCUUGUUUGUCAUCAAUUUUGAUCCAUACCAUACCCGGACUAGGGACUUGGAAAGGCACUUUGAGCCAUAUGGAAAGAUAGUAAGUGUAAGGAUCAGAAGGAAUUUUGCAUUUGUUCAAUAUGAAGCACAGGAGGAUGCCACCAGAGCAUUGGAAACUACAAAUAUGAGCAAGUUGAUGGACCGAGUUAUUUCAGUUGAGUAUGCAGUUCGUGAUGAUGAUGAUCGGAGGAAUGGACAUAGUCCUGAUAGGAGUCGCGACAGGUCACCUGAUAGGGGCAGAAGGAGAUCCCCAAGCCCUUACCGAAGAGAAAGGGGAAGCCCUGAUUAUGGUCGUGGCUCUAGCCGCAGUCCUUAUCGGAGAGAAAGGGCAAGCCCUGAUUAUGGUCGUGUUCGCAGCCCAAGUCCCUAUAGGAGAGAUCGUCGCAGCCCUGAUUAUGGACGGGGUACUAGCCGUAGUCCUUAUAAAAAAGAGAGUGGUGCUGAUCAUGGCCGUGGCCCUAGCCGUAGUCCUUACCGAAGAGAGAGAGGUAGCCCUGAAAAUGGCCAUGGAUCUAGUCGCAGUCCAUAUCGGAGAGAGAAGCCAAGCCCUGACAAUGUUCGUGGACCCAGCCGCAGUCCAUAUGGAAGAGAGAGGUCUAGUCCUGACAAUGGUCGUCAAGGCAGUGGAAGUCCCUAUGGAAGAGAAGGUAGCCCUGACAAUGGUCGUGGCCCUAGCCCAAAUUCUAUGCCUGAAGCUAGGGACAGCCCCAAUUAUGGUGGAGCUGAUAGCCCCGACAAUGACAGAUACCGCAGUCGCUCACCCCCGGCCGAUGACUGAAGAUGAUCUUUGAUUGCCUCAUUGUCGGAUAGCAGUAGCAGUUGUAUGGAAUUUGUUCCCGUUUAAACUCUGAUGUGUACUGCCCUCUUAUGACUACUGUGCAGAAGUUAAAUCAUAAUCUUCUGCACGUGAACCCGUGAUGUAGUUUAGUUCGUAGUUUAGUACUUCUGUUUUAGCGCAAAACCAAAUGGAUCUUUAAUUUCUGUCAAUGAACAAUUGAGACCCGUUAUGGAGUAUGUGAUUCAUGUGUUUCCCUGAUUGUGCUUU